ACUUGUAGAGCUUCUCUGUGAGCUCAGUUGUCCAUCUACUGGGUUACACUGUGCUUUGUCGGAAUCUAACUCAGGGGUAUCGCCAAACACUUAAAUAAUACCGAGGCCGAUGUAAUCGAUGAUCUAUAAAUUCCGGUGCAUCUUGCCGGUAGAUGGGGGAUUUGGAGCAAUGGCCCAUUAUGAAGUAAGUCGUCGCGAUCACUAGGUAUAGUUAUCAUGUCCUGGAAGCUGGUAAAACAGGUACCUUAUAGUAAGACAUGUUUAAAGAAAGUGUUCUUACUAACAUUGGUGAUUAUUUCCGGUUGCGUCAGCGUCAGCAUAACUCUCAUAGCUUAUUCCAACCCUUAUCUGCUCGAAUCCUGUCAAACGAAAAUUUGCCAUACCGAUUGUAUGCAUCCUCAUUCUCAAACUUAAUAACCAUUUUCAUCACACACGCCAAACAGUAAUUAAAUCAAUUUCACAUUUCACAUUUAUACUACUUAGGAUGUUUCAAAGAGCACUGACAUUCCCUCUCAAUAUCGACAAGCCGACAACUGGAAACAGGAACAAGACAUGGACGAUAGCUGAAAUAUGCCCAUUCUCUAACGCGGAACAGAAGCGAGUGUGCUAUCCAAACCUGGAACCAUGGACACCACGAGAUGGACAACGGAACCUGUCUGGCGAGUUAGAAAAUACUAUCAAAGAGCUAAGAACAAGGGAUGGGUUUUUAGGGUCUAGAGAAAGUCUACGAGAGAAGUGGUCCAUUAAGUUUGAAGCCGCCAAUAGACGGAUGGAAGGGUCUAAUAUAGCUGCCGUGCCGACUAUCAUGGUAGUGGCCUGGGACGAGAACGACCGCGAAUAUAAUGCCGAGGAUGAGCAGUUGUGGGACGAGGCAUGCAAGGACAUAGUCAACUUCCUGAGAGAUAACGGCGCUGCUUAUUUCGGAGUUGAGAUAAUACACUGGGACAGGCUAGAUUAUCAGGUUGUGACAUGAGCUUGCACUUACAUAUUUACGUCUUUCCCAACGUUUACAGAGAUGGGAAAGGGGGAUAUUGGAUAUUGGACUAACGUCGAGAGGAUCGACGAUACAUUCUAUUUUAUGAAUUUAAUAUUAAUGCUUAAACCGAUUUCA